AUGUCUCAAGAUCAGUUUUCAGAAAACUUAAAGGUUAUUGUAGCUGAAAAGUUAAACGGCCUACAGAACUUCAACGAGGAUGUUAAAUAUGUUGCCGAAUAUAUUGUCUUAUUGAUCGUUAACGGUGGUACUCUAGAAUCUAUUGUCCAAGAGUUGAGUACUUUGUUCGAUGCUAUUCCUGUGGAAGCCUUAUCUGAUGUUGUCCAAACCGCAUUUUUCGCUCUUGAAGCUUUGCAACAGGGUGAAUCGGCGGAGAAUAUUGUUUCUAAGAUCAGAGAAAUGAAUGCCGCAGGACAAUCUCAACAACCUCAACAGCAGCAACCUCAACAACCUCAACAUCAGCAACCUCAACAACCUCAACAACCUCAACAGCAACAGCAGCAACCACAACAGUCACUACCUGGUAUUGCUGCUCCAAACAUUCAGCCUGAGCAGACACAACCACAACCACAACAACAGACAGGUGCUCAACAAUCAAGUCAACCAGCUCCAUUAGUCUCUGCCUUUUCUGGUGUCGUCGCUACUCCUGAUACUACGAAUAAUGCUAUCAUUCCUGUUCAACCUCGUUUCUCUCAACGUGGAGGUGCUGUUGGUAAAACUCGUAGAGGCCGUGGUGGUGCUCGUGGUGGUGCUCGUACCACAGGUAGAGGCGGUUACAGCAACGUCGGUGGGAAUGACCGUUUCAAUCCGUUAGCCAAGGCCCUUGGUAUGGGUGGUAACACCAACCUUAACUAUGUCUCUAAGAAAAGAGAAGGUCGUUGUAAAUUGUUCCCUCAUUGUCCUCUAGGAAGAUCAUGCCCACAUGCUCAUCCAACUAAAGUAUGUAAUGAGUAUCCAAACUGUCCAAAACCAAGAGGUACCUGUGAAUACUUACACCCCGAUGAAGAUCAAGAAUUGAUGAAGGAAUUAGAAAAGACUCGCGAGGAGUUUCAAAAGAGAAAAGACGCAUUGCUAGCUGCCAGAAGCAAACCUGUUCAAACUGGUAUAGUCAUUUGUAAAUUUGGUGCUGUCUGUUCUAACCCUGCUUGUCCUUUCGGUCAUCCAACCCCAGCUAAUGAAGAUGCUAAAGUAAUCGACCUUAUGUGGUGUGAAAAUAAUUUGCAAUGUCAAGAUGCUAGUUGUAAGAAGGCUCAUUCCUCUGUAUCAAAAUUGAGACCUGUGGCCUCCUUAGGCCAUCCAGGUAAAACUAACCCAGCAAUGUCUUCGCACCCUCCUGUUGAAAAGUCUUUAGAACAAUGUAAAUAUGGUACUCACUGUACUAAUAAGCGUUGUAAAUAUAGACACGCACGUUCCCCAAUUAUGUGUCGUGAAGGUGCGAAUUGUACUAGAAUCGACUGUAUAUUUGGUCAUCCAAUUAAUGAAGACUGUAGGUUCGGUAUUAAUUGUACUAAUGCAGCUUGUUUAUUCAGACAUCCAGAGGGUAGAGUCGUACCUCAAAAGAAGGGUGCUCAACAACAACCACAACAACAGGAACAACUACCACAAAUGCAACUCGGUGAAGGUCAAGGUCUUCAAAGCUCAUGGGGUGGUCAACAGAAUGUUCCAACAAACCAAAGAGUAUUUGCCUUACCUGGAGGUUCCCAAAUUGAGAAUGCUCCACAACAAGAGAACUUUGCAAACUCAGUUACUCCCGUUCAAAAUACUUCUGCAUUUGCCCCACAAGAUAAUGAUGCUCAAAUGGAUUAA